AUGGCGAGUAAAGCACCCACAGAGGCUAUUCAAGAAGGGUCGAACAACAGUCAAGAAGGUACAAACACCCGCCAUGAAGAGUCAAACACUAGUCAAGAUUCAGUCUUGCGUUCUUUCACAGUCGAAGGAGUGUCCCAUGUUCGAGAUUUAUUUAAGCCAGUGUCCAUAGCCUCAAUGGCCAGUCAAGCAGGCACGGAGGCUAGUCAAGAGGGGUCCAACAACAGUCAAGAAGUUUCAACCACCGCCUCGAUUGCCAGUCAAGAUUCAGCCUUGCGUUCUUUCACCGUCGAAGGAGUGUCCGCCAAGACCAGUCAAGAAUCAACUAUUGCUGGGGAUAUGUCGGCUCAAGAUGUGCAAGGACACUUAUAUACCUGCAUUGACCUCGCCCAGUAG